AUGGCGGCGAAUGCAUUUCGCCAAGCACAAGUAUGCGGCAUAGUGUCCAGUGCUCUACCGCCAAGAAAGAAACAAAUGGACACUAAAGUGGAAAGAGGAACGAACCAACAACAACAACAACAGCAGCAGCAGCAGCAGUAUUUGGCACACAUGACUCGUCUAACCCCAACAAAAUUUGUCCCACAUAACCAAUUUCCCAUCCCACCGCCACCGCGUCGAAAACUCGCGCGGUGGCCGCUCAGCUGUUCGGGGUCGCCGCCCCCGCGGUGGCUUGCGCGGGGGCGGAGCGGGGCGGGGCGCCGCAGAGCGAGGCCGGUUGCGGGCGGCAUCGCGCGAGCGCAGCACCGUCGAGCGUCGCGCCGGGCCGGCCGGGACGUUGGGUACGCGACGCGGAGACCCCAGCCGGCUCGGCAGUCGAGUGCCGGCGCGCGCUCCCAACACAGCGGCGCAGAGUGGCAAGAGCUCUGCGUGGAUCAUGCGGUAGCGAUCGAUCGACUCGCGCUCCUCGUCUCGACGGUGCUCGCCGUCGGCGUCCAUCCUCGUCCUAGUCUCCGUCGCCGCAGUCUCCUGGUCGACGCCAUGGGCCGACGUCCCGCGGUGCCCGCCGGCGCGCUGGCCACCGCCGUCGCAGUCAUCCUUUGCGCAGGCGCGGCGAGCGGGGCGCUGUCGUGCUACAAGUGCACGGUGCUGCCGCCACCGCACUCCAGCAACGAGACGGCGCGCCUGUGCUCGCACUUCGACGGCUCGGCGCGCUUCCAGGUGGACUGCCCCUACUCCACCUUCUGCCUCAAGCGCACCUUCGAGCUGCCGCUCGGCAAGGGCAACAUGUUUCGAUAUGAAAAAUCGAAAGUUCUGAACCAAAAUGUAUUCAAAAUUUUACAUGUGAGUUUCCUUCCCUUCGAUUCUGGAUCUGCGCCUGCACUUCAACCCGAAAAUUUGUUUGCAAAUACAAAAUAA